UGAAAUUGGUUCAGCUUCAGCCAAAUCAGCCAUCUUAGAUUUAAUGGUGGUUGAUCACAUUUGUUGUAAUUUGUGGUAGUAGCGUCACUUCUGUAAAUUUUACUCUUAAUAACAAUGGAUAUUCAUACCGAUUUAUUUAAAUUUCUCUUUUAAUUUGAUGUGAUUGUAUUACCUAGUAGCCAGCUAUAAAUUAAUUACCAGUAAAGGCGUGAACGCCUUUAAGGUUUUUAAACCCAAGCCGCAUUAUAAAUCAUUGAUUUUUCUCGUGGUUCAAAUAUGAUGAUGUACACGGGGACAAGUACCGAGCAAGAUACGCGCUUCAGCGACAAGGAAAAAAAACUAAUGAAACAAAUGAAGUUUGGAGAUUGCUUAACCCAGCAGGUGGACAUGUCCAAAGUGAAGCUCGAUGUGCUCAAGCCAUGGAUAACACAAAAGAUCACCGAGAUUCUCAAGAUGGAAGACGACGUCGUCAUCGACUAUGUCAACAACCAACUUGAAGAAAAGUUCCCAUGUCCAAAGAAAAUGCAGAUCAACUUAACCGGAUUCCUCAACGGAAAGAAUGCGCGCCUGUUCAUGGGGGAGCUGUGGGAGCUACUACUGAGUGCGCAGGCGAGCGAGAACGGGAUACCGGAGUCCUUUACGCAGCAGAAAAAAGAGGAAAUAAAGAAACGUAUGGAAGAACAGCAAAAGGAUAAGGAUAAAGACAAAGACCGUCGCAGAUCGCGGUCGCGUUCACGGAGACGCUCUCGGGACCGGCGUCGGUCGCGGUCACGUUCGCGAGACCGAUCUUCUGACAGGAAACAUCGAAGUGGAGGCAGUCCGCGUCGAUCACGAAGACGCAGUCGAGAUAAGAGCAGCCAACCCAAGCCAUCACAUGUCGAUGAAAUCAAGCUACCAGAGCCAAAGGAAAAUGGAAAGUCGCCAGAGAAAACCGAAGAACCUGAAAAUGACAAGGAGGAGGUGAACCAUAAUUCGACGACAGAAACAGUUAAGGAAGAAAAUCAAGAUGAUUCAGUAAAGGAAGAAAAAACUGAAACAGAAGCUAAAUCUAGAUCAGCAUCACCUGAAAAACCUGCGGUGGAAAAGGAAGAAGAAAAACCUGUUGAAAAACGCAAUUCUUCUAGUGAUCGACGGUCAUCUUCUGCGUCAUCACGUGGGAGUGUCAAAAAGAGAUCUUCACACAAGAAAAGACAGUAUCGUUCAAAUCGUGACUCGUCUACAAGUGUUAGCCCAAGACGCAGUUCCCGUAGGGAAAGGAGCAAGUCUCGUCGUCGAAGCAGCCGACGCCGCUCAGUGGACAGGCGCGAGCGGGAGCGGGAGCGGGAGCGGGAGCGCGAGCGGGAGCGCAGGCGGCGCGAGCGGGAGCGGCGCGAGCGGUCGCGCGAACGUCGACGAUCGCUUGAAAGACGUAGACGCUCACGUUCACGCUCUCACCGACGUUCAAGAGACAGGUCUCGCGACCGCAGACGCUCUCGGUCGCGCAGGCGCUCGCGGUCUCGCCGUCGCUCCGGACGUCGCUCUCGAGACCGCCGCUCCAGAGACCGCCGCUCCAGAGACCGUCGCUCUAGAGACCGAUCUAGGGACAAGAGGUCUAGAGAUCGAUCUGGAAAAGACAGAAGAUCAAGAGAUAGGAAGUCUCGUGAUAGAAGGUCAAGCGAUUUAAUUAAAGAACGGUUGGAGAAAUCAGUUUCAAUUCCACGUAAAGAAAAUGUGGAAAAAUUACUCAAAAAGUCGCCCGAGCGAGUGUCGGUGCCGCAUGAGCGGUCUAAAGAACGUGUAUCGAGCUCUAGUCGAGAAUCUUCGGUAGUAAACGAGAAAAAUGUUCCUCAAAAUGAUACCCAGGUUAAACCGGUUCAAUCAUCUGAUGAUGAAGAUAGAGAAGAUUUUAUUGCUGUGCCAGCCCUUCGAGAGUAUUCAAAGAGUUUAUCGCGUACUCCGUCACCAUUCUUGAGGAAACAUGAAAUAGAAAAUAAAAAGUCGGACAAGUCUGGCGAUGAUGCAUCUGGAAAAGAACAGAACGAAGAGGAAGUGGCUAAGGUUCAAGAGGUAAAGAAAUCAAAACGCAAAGGAAAACAAUCUGAUUCUGAAAGUGAAAGUAGUGAAGAAGUCUCUAAAUCUAAAAGUAAAUCUAAACUGAAACGUAAAGAAAAACCCACCUCAAAAAGAUCAAAAAAACCGAAAAAAGAGAGUUCUUCAAGUGAGAGCGAAUCUGAUGAUUCUUCAUCGAGCGAUUCUGAGGAAGACAGAAAAAAGAAAAGCAAGAAAAAUGCUAAAAAGAAGUUGGCUAAAAAGUCACGAAAGAAGCGAGCGCGGUCAUCAAGUUCAGAGUCCAGUUCGGAAGAGGAGGUUAAACAUAAGAGUUCUAAAAGUAAACAAAAAAACAUUCCCGAAGAAUCUGACACCGAUAAGAAGUCAAAAAAGCGAGGUAAAGACUCUAAUGCCGACCGCUCAAAGACAGAAAAAGAAAGUAAGUCCGGAAAAUCUAAAAAAGCCGGUAAUUCUGAAGAUUCUCGUGACGAUAGUUCUGACAGUGACGAAAAGUCAACUAAGAAGAAGGGUAAACACGACUCUACAUCCUCUGAAAAAGAAAUGAGACGUAAAAAAUUAGAGCAAGUUAAAGAAAAAAUUGCAUCUCCUGAAGUGGCUAAAACUAAGAAAAGCGAGGAGAAACCAUCGAAAUUUAAACACACUGAUGACGCUAAGUCAAAGUCACGGGAUGACAAUGAAAAGAAAGCCAAGAAGAGGGAAAAAGAAGAUUCAUCUUCUGACAGUGAUCAGGUAUCGAAGAAAAAAGCGAGAAAGAAAGUUUCAGACUCGGAAUCUGACUCGGAUAGUGACGAGCCUAAGAAGUCUAAAAAGGCUAAAAAGCAUAAGAAACACUCAAAAAAACAUAAGAAACACAAAAAACAUAAGAAAGCUUCAAAGCGAAAAGAUGAUUCCUCUGACAGCGACGAUGCUGAGGAAGAAGAGGAAGAGGAGGGUAAAGUUAAUAACGAAGAUUUAGAGAAAAAACUUCGCGAAAGAGCAUUAAAGUCUAUGAAAAAACAGACAAGUGUGUCCGGUUCAGAUUAAUACUUUAUAAUUAAGAAGUAGCGUAUUAAAUUUAAAUAACUAUAAUUAUUAUCUAGUAAUUGUUUAUUCAAGUUAAAUUUUUCUGCUGUAUUAACUGACAACAAUUGCCGCGAUUGAACAUUUUGUUAUCUUUUGUCAAAUUGAACGACGUUCGAGUUAAAUAAGCACAUUUUAGUGUUGAAUUUUUCGAUAAAACUUGAAUGUUUCAUUGUAACUUACGGUAUGUAACUUACCACAAUUUUAAAUGAAGUAGGAAGUAUAAUUUUAAGAUUACGUGUAUGUCUUUGUUAGUAAUAAAAUUUGCUAAUUAUAAA